AUGAUCAAGAAUAUCAAAUUGAUGAACGCUGCGAUUAAUCUCUACACAAAAUCGCCGAAUACAACCGGCGAGUGCAAUAUCAAUGUCGUUGUUCACCGAAAUAAUAAUAUAAAUCAAAUUGCACUUACUCAGUAUUGUUCAAGAUUUUCAAAUGGUUUGGUUGAAUCGUUGAUUGGAGUUAUGAUAUUUGAUCCAAUAUCAAUGAAGAUUUAUUUUUCAACUGUCGAUAACAAAUUAAAUAGUCAAGAAACUGCAGAGCAAGCCUAUCGGGUUAAUUCAAUUGCAAGUUUUAGAACAAACAUGUUAAAUGCCAAUGGAAUUGAAUUAUUUGGAGACGAUGCUGAACAGCUCAUCAAACAUGUCACUACUAUGGAAGAAGACGUAGACAUCGACUCAGAUGAUGAAGCCAAAGAGUUUGAAGAGGAGUCUUAUGAUUGA